AUGUCCUUUCAAAUUGGCCACCUUUACAACUUCCCAACAGCGAACAACGAUGCGACUAUAUUCGACUGGUUUAGCCGUUCACGACGUGUAGUUGAGACCCUCGAGGGGUCGUUCCUCAAAGUCGCCUAUGUGCUACCUCUGGAUAAGGCACCAGCAUCUGCGCCGGUCCUGUCCUCAGAGCUCUUAUAUGAACCAGUGUACACGGUAAAAUAG